AUGCAAGACUCAGCAUUUCCUCAAUUUCUUCCUGGUGUUCCAGUUAAGUCUGUAUACGAAAGAGCAGGCUUCGAUAUCAAUAAAGAGAAGGCCUACAGAGAGAGAUCUCGCCCAUCUAGUCGAGCCACCUCCUCUCGACAAACGUCUUCUCGUGCCUCACAACGUUCAGGUGCAUAUGGUUCUCCAAACUUGUCUAUCAUGACAGGUUCUUUUGGUUCCUCUGGUAGCCCAUUGCCUUCUCCAAGGCUCCCCAAUUCUGGUAGAAAAACACCGCAAUCUCCAUUAUUCUAUGAGAAUACAAAUUCGUUCACCACGCACAGUAAUUCGAGUAGCACCGGUGUGGGCUUCACCUUCGAAUCGAAGAACCAUCACAAGGCAUCAGACUCUGGAUCUUCUAUCAGUGCUGAGGGCGAGUACAACUCUAACACCUCAACCCCUCAUACGUCGCAUAGCUCGACCGAUUCGAUGUCUCCGUUAUCUGGCCUUCGCAUCACUAAGUCCGAAGACAAUCAAGUACCUGAGAUCCCACCAAGAAAAAAUUCUCACCAUUCCCUGGAUCGAAUCAAUAUGGGUAGUUCUCGUGCUAGUAACCACAGCCACAGCAGCUCUGAUGCUAGAUCAGACGCUCGAUCAUCCAGAGCGAGCUCAAGGUCAAGCUCACGAAAUGGUUCGUUUGUUAUGGCCACUGUAAAACAGCGAACAAAUAUUAGUGCAUUUUCCUCAAUAGAUGAAAGCAGCGACAAUAUGGCUGCCAACGAAAUCUAUGUUUCUGCUUUAAGCUCCCCACCAUCCUCAAGCACAGAGUCCAUCUUCUCUACAGCCAAUGAAAUGUCUUCUUCCACAUCAUCUACAUCAUUAGAAAAUGUAUUGAAGCAGGUACCGGAAGAGGACUCGAUGCUAGAAACCAGCCAAGAGAGCCUAACCCAAGAACCAUACCAAGGGCUCCAAAACUACCAUAAUUCAGGAUUUCCAGAAGAGAAUUCUGUUGCGAAUGCUUUGCUCAGCGCUAGCAAAAAACAUCGCAACGUUAGACCUAAGAUCUGCCGGGGAUGCAACGAGCAGAUUAUUGGCAAGUGUGUAUCAUCUCAAGAUGGCAGGGUAUCUGGUAAAUGGCAUAGACUGUGUUUCACCUGUCAUCGCUGCAGUGCUGCAUUCGAAAGCGAGUUUUAUGUUCUAAAUGAUUUGCCUUAUUGUGAUUUUUGCUAUCAUAUUGAAAAUGAUUCGAUCUGCCAAGGCUGCGGUCACGGUAUUGAAGGAGAGUGUUUGGAGACUUCAUCCGCCCCUAGAACUCGGAAAUCCUCAAUGCCCGAGUCUUCCACUGUUGAUGACAAAGCACCUGAUGAUUAUUUCAAAAGAUAUCAUCCUGGCUGUCUUAGUUGCAGUGAAUGCAAAAAUGUAAUUAUUGACGAGGAGUAUUACAUUGUAAGUGGAACAACUUUGUGUGCUAUGCACGCGUUCACAUACAGGGAAGGUGCUACAUCCCCAGAAAUGGAAAAGCGCCAGACAAGGUUGAUGAUGAUGUAA